AUGUUUUUCAUUAGCAAGACAGAUCAGCAGAACAAGAAACAGCAGCAUAAAAUCGCAGAAAGACAGCAAGAGGACGAAAUCAGAAAGACGCUCCAGAAGAAUGCCAGCUUACAGGUCCCAGGGUACCAAACUGCAUUUGGCAGUUCUCGAUAUUGGUAUGAUCCAUUGUUCCUCUGCUCCUCAGUGGCGGUGCUGCUGUGUGUGGCGGUGUCCUCUGAGGCACUGGGCAUGACUGAUCUGUUGGAGAGAGUCUCCCAGAUUUCUGACAAUCUGCACUCACUCAGCACAUCUCUCAGUAACGACCUUAACACUCAUUUCCAUCCAAUUGGAAAGAUCAUGAUGCGCCCGUCUAUGUGUCACACAUCCUCCCUCCAAACGCCCACUGACAAAGACCAAGCCCUCAGAGUGCCUGAAUCAGAGUUGCUGUCCCUGGUUCGUUCGCUACUGCUUGCGUGGUCAGAUCCUCUGGCUGUACUGUUGACUGAGGCACCCAAUCUUGUCCACCCUGAGAAAAGCCUGAUCUACAGCAAAACCAAAGAACUGCAAGAACACUCAAACACCUUGGGUGCUGGCUUGGAGCAUCUGGUCCACAAAAUGGGUCACUCCUCCCAGGACAUCUCCUCCGUCCCCUUCAAUAAUGAUCUUGGGAACGACAAGAACUCGCGCCUGACCAACUUCCACUUUCUGCUGUCCUGUUUUCGCAGAGACUCCCACAAGAUCGACAGCUUCCUCAAGGUCCUUCGCUGCCGGGCAGCCAAACUGCGCCCAGAGAUGUGUUAG